UUUCAAUUGAAAUAUGAAUAAACUACAUUAUUAGUUAUCCAGGCUUCCAUGAAGCCAGAGGGUGGCAGCAAAGUCUGCAGCACUGCUGCCACACUACUCAACUAAUAUGUGCUUUUCUUUCAGGGAUUUGGUCGAAGCCGCUCCCUGAGUCUGCCCAGGCGACUGAACUCGAUGCCCCCUCCCAGACUUCUGUCAUCUUCGAGCACACCUGGAAUCCAGUCGUCAUUUUUACCCACACAGAGGCAAACGUCCUUUCAAGAAAAGGUCUACAAGCCUCUGUCACCGUGGGAGGCAGCAUCCAGGAGCCCCAUUGGUGCGGUGGAUGAUGCCUUUGGGUUCCAGAGCCUCACGUCAUCUGUUGCCUCUAAUGUCAAAGCUGCAGGGCACCGCAGGUCUCUGCCAGAGCCUCCAGAUGAAUGGAAGCGCAGGGUGUCUCUUGAUCCUGCACCUGUCAGUGGGGGUCAUUAUCAUGCAGCCCCGGCUUUCCAGGCCCCGUUCAUGAGCAGGACAUUUUCACCUGAGAAACCGGCCUUCUAUGGGCCUCCAUUCAGACCUGCCCAGCCUCUGAGGCCUGCCAGCAGGGCCAGCAUUGCAUACAUGGGACCAGGCUCCGGUCCAACAUACUCACCCCUGUAUAGUGCAGUCCAGAGAAGUCAAUACCACUAAGAUGAGGUCAGACAUACAUCAGAUAAAGAGAAAUGUACUACUACUAAUCAACAUACAUGAAAUUUGGCCUAAAGAGAGGGAAUAUGUUCACUGAUGAAAAAAUAGUUUGUUGACGUGUUGGUUCAUGCUUUUCUAACAGGUCUGAUCAUAUUUUACACAAUUUAUUAUGUUUGUUUGAAAAUGUUGUUGAUGGGAGUCGCUAAAAGUCGCUGUCUUCAUGGUACGAGUGGUCACUGGGUUUGAAGAGCACAACGACUUACUGCAGCUAUUGUGUUGCUGAUGAGAUAUUAUCCUGCCAAGCGUUGAUGGGAGAUUUUGCAAUUGUGUUUAAGAGAUCAUUUCAGAAUCAUUAGGGCUGGGCAAUAUGACGAUAAAUAUUGUAAAAAAGGUCUAAAAAUGUCUAUCGUAUAUAUUUUUCGAUAUCGUGAUAUAGGCUAUACCUAUAUUUAUUUCUUUUUUCUCUAUAAUUUCACUUAAAACUGUUAUGUUCAUUUUGCACUCAAGUUCUUAAAAAGAUUCACACAGGGGUAUUCAAAAAUAUGUGGUUAUUUUAUAUAGACUAUUUAUUUAUUGAAUUGGCAGAAAACAGGUAAAGUGAUAUAUAUCGUUAUCGGGAUAGAAGAUUUUUGCCAUAUCGCCCAGUCCUAAGAAUAUUUAUGUUAUCAGUUUGUUACAGACUGAUUUAGGAGUGGACAUCGACAGUGUUAGCUAAGUGUUAUGAGAGUUAAAGUGGACGUGUAGUAGAUGAAAAAUGUUUGGUAGAUUGCUUCUUUUUUUUUUAAUAAAUGUCGAGUGGUGUUGCUCAUUUUGACAUUGUUGGUUAUAAAUAUUUAGUGAGAAAUAAUACGGCACUUUAAGAAAUAUUAUGUGUGGUCUUUAAAAACUCACUGUGACGUGAUCACUUCUGCACAUCUGAACAUUUCAUACGAUGAUAACCAUUACAGAUGUUACUCAUCUUGUCUUUUCUUUCACUUCUAUUGCAGUGGCGAUGGCAAGUAUAUCAAAAGAGUGAUCACUUCUAUUAAUCUGCAGCACAGUGACUGCUAAACUACACACACGCUUAUCUAUCUGCUCUAAGGAGGCUACAGUGCAUUUUUAGGGAAUUUGCAUCUUAACAUUGACUUUAUUCAAACUGAUGACCUACGUGUGAUAUUUAAAAAUGGAUACGAGCUAUUUUGCUUUUAUUAAAUGUAUUUUUAAGUAUUAAGAGAAAUAAAUGUUGCAUGCAUACAUUCAUGACAUAGCCCACCUUUGAUCAUACACUGUGUGGUGUUAAAGUGUAAACAGAACCACAGUUUCUGCCAUUGAUCGUCAGGGUUUCAAUAUGACUGAUGUAGCCAUGUUUCUUGUCUAAUUGUUGGAGGCGUUUACUCUGUAUGAUGAUUUUUUUGUAUGAAGUUUUUGCACCUUUUAAACACAAAUUGAAAUAUUAAAAGACAUGAAAAUG